ACGCUUUGCAUUUAUACCGGUGCCACCUUCUGCCCGCCAACAUAACAUCAACCACCCUCAAUCAUGAGGGGAGUCAAACGCACUCGAACCAACAACGGCGAUUCUGAUAUUGUCUCGACCACAUCCGAAGCCAUGCAGAAUGCACUCGCCGAACAGUUCGAAGCUCUCGGGUCAGACGUGGGGUUGCGGCUAGCAAACCUGCGAACUCUCUUCUCAUCUCUCACGCCCCAGGAAACGCAGUUCAUGAGACUACAUCUCCAAAGUCUGCCCCCGCCAGCAGACAUUAUCGCUCGUUUUCCAACCGAUAUUCUCGUUGAGAUCUCCCCAUACUUCUCCACUUUGGACAUCGUCAAUAUCCUAAACGUGUCCAAGGCGUGGAGGAAGUCGUGGGCUCAACGCGAUGUCGUGAGGGCUCUGGCCAAGCACCACAUGCCCAACUUUCUCCCGUUCUACGCUCACCGAAACAGGUUACAAUCUCCGGAAGCUUGCACAGACCAAGACUUGUUCAACUCCUUCUACCAAGCUGCUCGCAAGUUUAGUAUCAGACAGCAGGGUUUGUUCCAGUCCAUGAUCUGCAACCCUGGCCCGUGGCUUCACUUUGUCACUCGUGACAGGUUCUUCACUUUGGAGCCUACCGAUAGCAUAAGAGAUUGGGAUGAUGUCAUUCCAGACCAGGAUAUUGAUGAUGUAUAUCCUGAUCGUGUCCACGAUGAGAAAGCACAAUUGCCCGACCAGUGGAGAAAUUUCCGAUUCUGUAAUGGAAAAUUGGCCUGGCAGGUUGAUAGUGACGAUAAAAACCUCGCAUCUCUUACCUUUGUGGAUGACUUACGAAGCCAGCGACGCAAAGUAUACAAAGUACCCGUUCCUGUGGUUCUCCAUGGCUGCGUCGCUUAUCUGCGGGAUUUGGGCAGUGAGCUGGUCGUGGUACAAGUACAGAGGACCUGCUACGCAUGGAACCUCGAGACAGGCGAACGUGAUUCUGUGACGCUUCCAUCUGCCGAGAUCCAGACGGUCAAAAUCGAGGGAAAACGCGUAUACAUCUUGAACCCCGACGCCAAGGUGUAUGUCUGGACAUUCAAACAAGGUGUGCGAGAAGUCGACACAAGUGAGGCAAGGAAAUAUGCCGGCCCAGUCGCCUUCUAUUGGGGCUGCAUCAAUGACGCGGACAGGCUAGGCAUAUUCGAUCUGAUUCCUCACCCGCUGCUCGACGAUACGUUCUAUCUUCUUGCUCUUCAAGAUGAUCCUCUUCAAGAAAAACCCGAGCGUGCGCUGGUGGUUCUCGAGUACAACCACAGUGGUACUCUGCACUUACAUACCACAGCCCUUCCUCAGGUUCGGUCUUUUACUCGGACCUGGGGUACAGGUGAUUUCAACUUUGGUUUCAAUGACGAUGAUGAUGUUGAGCUAAAUCUAACAGGAGGAUACGAAGACAUUUUCGUACCCAUCACGGAGAAAGUCGAUGCGUAUGGCAACUACGCCGUAUGCCAAUUUCACCUCGAAGGAUGGGCUGACAAGCCUGACUACAUUCAUCGAGGGGUCUACGAUGAUGAUGAUCUCAUCAGCCACGAGAAUGAGGACGAGGAUGGGGAUGAAUAUCGGCCUGUGAACGUAACCCUUGGGUUUACGGUCUUUUUCAACGCUUUGACAGCCUCGGUCUCAACCUCCCCCUUCAUGUCUGCCACAGGUGUGGGGCUUCCUUCAACCGUACGCUGGGGCGGUCAGCAAAUCGACCUCGUCUUUGCGCCUACCAAGAGAAAGGAUGUGCUCUUCGCCAUGUUGUUGAUAUCGGAGUCGGACGGCCAAAAGCGUCUCGAGUCAAUGGAUGAUCUUCCAGUCCAUUGCCCGUCGACUCUCGAGGCUGUCGAGCCUAUCCCCGUCACUCACCGUUUGACAAAACGCCUCGAUCAAACACCUGCAAAGGCGGGAAAGAUGAUGCAUGGUCACAGAUGCUCCAAUGUUGCUUCACGAUUUCUGACUGAAAGCCUCGAAUUCAUUCCAUCUCUUCAGCCGCUCUACGGCCUUGACAUCACCUUCGAAUACGAACAACUCAUAGGUAAGGCCGCGCAUUGCGAAGAUGACAACCCAUUCUGUCUGGCGGCAGACGAGGACUUCUUUGUCUGUAUGGGUCCAAAGGGCUACGUCGCGUGGAGCUUUUGCCACGAUAUGAAAGACCUACAGGUUAAGGCUUAG